AUGUGGCUCACCUUGCUGCUACUGGCCACGCUGCUGCUGGCGGGUCUCCGCAGGGUUUACUUGGGUCUCUUCAGCGGAAACUCCCCGAACCCCUUUGCCGAGGACGUCAAGCGGCCACCUGAACCCCUGGUGACCGACAAGGACGCUAGGAAGAAGGUUCUCAAACAAGCAUUCUCAGCCAGCCGAGUACCAGAGAAGCUGGAUGCCGUGGUGAUUGGCAGUGGCAUUGGGGGGCUGGCCUCAGCUGCGAUUCUGGCUAAAGCUGGCAAAAGAGUCCUUGUCCUGGAACAACAUACCAAGGCAGGGGGCUGCUGUCAUACCUUCAGAGAAAAUGGUCUUGAAUUUGACACUGGAAUCCAUUAUAUUGGACGCAUGCGGGAAGGCAACAUUGGCCGUUUUAUCUUGGACCAGAUCACUGAAGGGCAGCUGGACUGGGCCCCCAUGGCUUCUCCUCAUGACCUGAUGAUACUAGAAAAACCUAGUGGCCGAAAGGAAUUCCCCAUGUACAGUGGGAGGAAACAGUACAUCCAGGGCCUUAAGGAGAAGUUCCCCAAGGAAGAAGCUGUCAUUGACAAGUACAUGGAGCUAGUUAAGGUGGUGGCCCGUGGAGCCUCUCAUGCCAUCCUACUGAAGUUCCUCCCAUUGCCCUUGACUCAGCUCCUCAACAAGUUCGGGCUGCUGACUCGUUUCUCUCCCUUCUGCCGAGCAUCUACCCAGAGCCUGGCCGAGGUCCUGCAGCAGCUCGGGGCUUCCCCUGAGCUCCAGGCCGUUCUCAGCUACAUCUUCCCCACGUACGGAGUAACCCCCAGCCACACCGCCUUUUCAAUGCAUGCUCUGACAAUUGACCACUACAUACAAGGGGCGUAUUACCCCCGAGGAGGAUCCAGUGAGAUCGCCUUCCAUACCAUCCCAUUGAUUCAGCGUGCCGGGGGCGCUGUCCUCACCAGGGCCACCGUGAAGGGUGUGCUGCUGGACUCUGCUGGGAGAGCCUGUGGUGUCAGUGUCAAGAACGGACAUGAGCUGGUGAACAUCUAUUGCCCCGUCGUCAUCUCCAAUGCAGGAGUGUUCAAUACCUACCAGCACUUAGUGCCAGAGAGUGUCCGCUGUCUGCCAGAUGUGAAGAAGCAGCUGGCGAUGAUAAGGCCUGGCAUCAUAAGCGCGCUCUCACUUUUCAUCUGCCUGAGAGGAACCAAGCAGGACCUGAAGCUUCAGUGCACCAACUACUAUGUUUAUUUUGACACGGACAUGGAUAAAGCGAUGGAACGCUACAUCUCUAUGCCCAAGGAAAAGGCUCCAGAACACAUUCCCCUUUUUUUCAUUGCCUUCCCAUCAACCAAGGACCCAACCUGGGAGGACAGAUUUCCAGGUCGAUCCACCAUGACUGUGCUGGUACCCACGGCCUUCGAGUGGUUUGAGGAGUGGCAGGAGGAGCCACAAGGCAAGCGGGGUGCUGACUAUGAGACCCUCAAAAACACCUUCGUGGAAGCCUCUAUGUCCAUGGUCAUGAAACUGUUCCCACAGCUGGAGGGCAAGGUGGACAGUGUGAUUGGGGGAUCCCCACUGACCAACCAGUACUAUCUGGCUGCUCCCCGAGGUGCUCCCUAUGGGGCCGACCAUGACCUGGCUCGUCUGCAUCCUCAUGCUAUGGCUUCCCUAAGAGCCCAAACCCCCAUCCCCAACCUCUACCUGACAGGCCAAGAUAUCUUCACGUGUGGUCUAAUAGGGGCCCUACAAGGGGCCUUGCUGUGCAGCAGUGCCAUCCUGAAGAGGAACUUGUACUCAGAUCUGCAGGCUCUUGGCUCAAAGGUCCAGGCACAACAGAAGAAGAAGAUGAAGUAGCCCAUUCAGAGCUAAGCCAGAAAACGGCACCUCCCCAACUUCUCUCUCAUGGUGUCCUUCUGCUGUACUUCCUUGUGCAUAUAUUCAAAAGCGCUUUGUUUCUGAUGCCUGCUGCGAAUCGAGUUCUCCUCUGCACCCUGCAUUUCUACCUAAGGCUUAGUGUGGGCUGCACAGUCUUGAUGUCUCAAGAUGAAGAAUGCUCCCAUGCCUUCCCCACACCCAGCACUGAGCAAGGGUCAAACACUCAGAACCCCUGAGGGUGUUGGCUAUUGGAGUAGGUUGGUCCAGUUCUGCCCUGAAGCUUUUUGCUCUACCCACUCUAGUAUUGUGCUCUCCCCUCUGUCAAAGGGAAGGAUGA